GCAUUCCGAGAAUUGAACUCGGGACCUCUCGCACCCUAAGCGAGAAUCAUACCACUAGACCAAAUGCCCUCGUUGCAUUUGAUUUAUAUCACUUACUUUCUCAUUUAAAAUUUUGUACAGCAUAAACGUUUCCAGCUUGGAAUCUGCCCGUUGAAGAGGACAAAAAUAUAUUUUUGAAUCCAUCCAACAUAUCUUAGGAAUACGUCUAAAUUGGAACGGGCUAAAACACCGAAGCCCAAAGCCCACUUGAAUACCAUUCCCGACCCGGUUUCCCAAAAUAUGGGGUAUCAAGUUGUCGGAAAGCAAAAGGCAACGCCUCUCAACUUUACCUUUACCUUUUUUUAACCUCCCAUUAAUAUAGGCGUGCAAGUAAAAUCAGUGAAACCGGAUCCAAUAUGUCGGCGACGAGCGUUCACAUCUCGGCGCUGGACGGCAUCGUGAACGUGAAUUCACUAUUCACGCUGGCGGUCUUCAUCGGGCUGACGUGGAACCCGACCGACCCGAGCAACAGCCUGAUCGACCCGUCGGGGUGCUCGGCCGGGCCGAGGAUCGCGGAGGAUCUGGUGGCCUUCCACGUAUACUCCUUCAGCUGCUUCCUCUUCUCCAGCCUGGUGGCGCUGGGCAUCAAGCAGGCAGCCCGCCUCGCCCGCGGGGCCCACCAACAGGAUCACCGCCAUUUCUGGGCCUUCGAUCUGGCCCACGUCAACAAGACCGCGCUCCGCCUCGGCUACGUCGUGUCCGCGGUCGGCUCGGUCACCGGGUCGGUGUUCCUCAUGCUGGCGCUGGUCAACGUCGUGCAGAUCAAGCUCGGGGUGCUCGGCUGCGGCACCGGCGCCGGCCACGCCUACGCCGCCGUGGUGCCCCUCGUCACGUUCGUGCCGGCGGGACUGCUCAUCUAUGUUUGUUUCGUGUUCUAUGCUUUUACCCGUUGAGAUUGUUGGUCGAUAUAAUGCUCCCCCCCUUUUUUUUUUGUUUUUUUGAGGAAAAUAAUGCUCCCUUUUCUUGAGUUAUGUAUUAUUCUAUGAAUUUCUAUUAACAAUGUAAUGAAAACUUGGAUGAAAUUCAAGGUCCUAUAAUCUUUUU